AUGUCAUGAUCCCCAGUCAUCAUGGAUCUGAAUGUUAGCUGCUGUUGGAAGGGGCUCCUUCUGUUCUCUCUCCUUCUUGUUUGUGUAAAUGGACAAACAUCUGGGCCAUAUUUCAUGGUGACGUUUCCUGCAGUGAUCGAGUCGGGAUCUGAGGCCAAACUGUGUGCAAGUCUUCUCAAACCCAAUGAAAGCCUUGUCAUGAACAUUUAUCUGGUUCAUGGUGACCAGAGCACUUUACUGCUGCAGGAGAAAGCUGAGGAAGAGUUUCACCGCUGCUUUAACUUCAAGGCUCCCCUGGUAGAAGCAGAAUCAGUGCAGACAAUGAAAGUAGAACUUCAGGGAGAGUCUUUUAAGAUGACUGAAGAGAGAAAAGUCAUCUUCAGAUCUUACCAUCCUCUGACCUUUAUUCAGACUGAUAAACCCAUCUAUAUUCCAGGACAGACAGUGAACUUUAGAGUUGUUACCAUGGAUACACACUUUGCACCGCUUGAUCAGCAGUAUGGUUCUGUCGUGCUUGAGGACAGUCAGGGUAACAGAAUUGGUCAAUGGACAAAUGUUUCCUCAACAAGGUGGAUUUUGCAGCGUUCUUAUGAAUUAAAUCCAGAGGCCCGUCAAGGUGUGUACAGACUGAAGACUUAUAUUGGUGAAAGGAUGAUCUCACAUGAUUUUGAGGUGAAAAAAUAUGUUUUGCCAAAGUAUGAAGUUACAGUAAAACGACCCAAUGAAGUGAGUGUUGAUGAAGAAGAACUGUCAAUUGAAGUUUGCGGAAAAUACACUUACGGGCAGCCUGUACCUGGAAAAUCAUGGGUAAAAGUCUGCCGUAAUAUUCUGCCCUACCUUCAAGCCCGUGAUAGAAAUCCGUUGUGUUUAGAGGAAACCACUGAGAUAAAAAAGACAGGCUGCGCCAUCCAUACCAUAGAUGUAUCAGUGUUUUUGAACUCCACACUAAAGUCUAGUCUGCAGGAUUCUCUUAGAGUUGAAGCAAUGGUUACAGAAGAAGGAACAGAGAUCACCAUGACAAAAUCUGAAACUAUAUCUCUCACUUAUGAAAUUGGAAAAGUCACACUUACUGACCUGCCCAAAACAUAUGAACAUGGAUCAGUUAUAGAAGGAAAAAUCAAACUCUCAAAUUUCAAAGAUGCACCAAUUCAAAAUAAAGAGGUUUAUCUUUUUGAGGUUGUAAAUUGGUCCUCAAAACUGCUCCUAAAUCUCACUACAGACAGCGAUGGACUGGCCAGCUUCUCCCUUAAUACGUCUAGUCUUCCUGAAAAAGAUAUUAAUCUGAUGGCAAGUGUGUAUACAGAAUUUCAUCAUCGUGGUUACAAAACACCUUACUUCUCUACGGACAGAAAAACAGUUCAGCUUCUCCGGCCUGUCACUCCAUACACCCCAACAUUAAGUGAACUGAUUAUAGAGAAUAUUGAGCAACCAUUAAAGUGUGAUGCUGAGUUUACAGUGACCAUAAAGUACUAUUUUAUUGGAGAGACUGUUGAAGACUUCAAAACUGACAUUGUCUAUAUGGUCUUGUCCAGAGGAUUGAUCGUACAUCAUGGAUAUGAGAAGGUUGAAGUGAAGUCUUCUAAUGGAGCAGCAAAUGGCACUGUGUCAUUCAAACUGUCUGUUGGUGCAGAUCUGGCUCCUGCAGUGCAGAUUCUGACCUAUUGUGUUCUGCCCAGUGAAAAUGUUGCUGCUGGUAGCACACAAUUUGAUGUUGAAAAAUGUUUCAGUAACAAGGUGUCUCUGCAGUUUUCUCCUGCUAAAGCAGUUCCUGGUGAGAAAAACACUCUUCAGCUCUCAGCUCAGCCUGGUUCACUGUGCGCCCUCAGUGCUGUAGAUCAGAGUGUCCUGAUCCUGGAGUCAGGAAAACGUCUGGAUACUGACAAGAUCUUCAACCUGCUGCCAGUGCAAUCAGUGUCAAGUUAUCCUUACACUGUUGAAGAUCAGCAGGAAUGUCUGCAUGUGAGACCCCGUCGAGCUCUGUCGACAGACAACGCCUAUGAAGCCUUAAAGAGAGUGGGAUUGAAGAUGGCAACAAAUUUAGCCGUGCGAGUCCCUCAGUGUCUGUCAUACAGAGGCUUGACUUAUCACAGAUACAGUGAUAUUGUGAUGUAUCGUCAACAUGCUCCAGUGUCAGUGUUAAGGAUGUCUUCACUGGAAGAUGCUGAUUUUGCUACAUCUAGCAGAGAUUCUCCAGCAGUGACGAUUCGAACAGUUUUUCCAGAAACAUGGAUCUGGGAACUUGCUGAAGUGGGAGACUCUGGAUCAGCUCAGGUUCCUGUCACGGUUCCUGACACCAUCACCUCUUGGGAGACGGAGGCCUUCUGUAUGUCCUCCAAAGGUCUGGGUCUGGCUCCUCCUGCUCAGCUGACAGUUUUCCAGCCCUUCUUCCUGGAGCUCUCUCUGCCUUAUUCCAUCAUUCGUGGGGAGAUAUUUGAGCUGAAGGCUACUGUCUUCAACUAUCUGUCCAAGUGCAUCAUGGUUAAAGUGACUCCAGCUCCUUCCUCAGACUACACUCUCAAAGCCUCCUCUGAUGAUCAGUAUUCAUCCUGUUUGUGUGCUAAUGAAAGAAAAACCUUUAAAUGGAUCCUCACUCCUUCUGUUCUUGGAGUCUUGAAUAUUACAGUCAGUGCAGAGGCAGAGUCAUCCCAGACUGUGUGUGACAAUGAGAUUGUGAGCGUUCCAGAGAGAGGACGCAUUGACACAGUCACACGAAAUCUGCUUGUACAGGCAGAAGGAACUGAAAAGACAGAGACCUACAGCUGGUUACUGUGUCCAAAAGUCGACAGUCUCUCAGAAGAAGUGGAUCUGAAUCUUCCUAAAGAUGUGAUAGAGGGAUCAGCCAGAUCCUCUGUUUCAGUCAUUGGGGACAUAUUGGGACGUGCUUUGAGAAAUCUUCAUGGAUUACUACAGAUGCCGUAUGGCUGUGGAGAACAAAACAUGGCUGUUCUUUCUCCCAAUAUUUACAUUCUGCAGUAUCUGGAAAACACAGAGCAACUCACCUCAGCCAUCAGAGAGAGAGCCACAGGCUUCCUUAAGAGUGGAUACCAGAGACAACUGAACUACAAGCAUUCUGAUGGUGCAUACAGCACAUUUGGUUAUGGUGAUGGGAAUACAUGGUUGACUGCCUUUGUCCUGAGGUCUUUUGGCAAAGCACAGAAAUACAUAUUUAUUGAUCCACAAAUUAUUCAGAGUGCAAAGGAAUGGUUAAUAAGCAGACGGGAUUCAGACGGCUGUUUUAUCCAACAGGGAAGACUGUUCAACAACAGAAUGAAGGGUGGAGUGAAUGAUAAUGUGACCAUGACUGCCUACAUUACUGCAUCACUGCUUGAACUGGAAACUCCAGUCACAGAUCCUGUCGUUAGUAAAGGUUUGUCAUGUUUGAGGUCCGUCAUUAAGGAUGUCAAAAACACUUACACCACUGCUUUGCUCGCCUACACUUUCAGUCUGGCUAAAGACACAGACACUCGACAGCAGCUUUUCAAGAAACUGGAGGAUGUUGCUAUUUCAGGGGGGUCUCUUCUCCACUGGUCUCAGUCUGCAUCUGCUGAUGACUCUGAUUCUCUGGCCGUGGAGAUCAGCUCAUAUGUGCUGCUAGCUGUUCUCACUGCAGAUUCACUCACUACAGCUGAUCUGGGAUUUGCUAACAGGAUUGUCAGCUGGCUUGUGAAGCAGCAGAAUGCCUAUGGAGGAUUCUCCUCCACACAGGACACAGUAGUGGCUCUUCAGGCUCUGUCUUUGUACGCCACCAAAGUGUUCAACUCUGACGGCUCCAGCACAGUGACUGUACAGUCAGCAGGAGACACUCACCACUUUGAUCUCAAUCAGGACAACAAGUUACUGUACCAGGAGAAGCAGCUGCAGAACGUUCCAGCCAAAUACAGCAUUGAAGUGAAGGGCUCAACCUGUGUGUCUGUGCAGGUGGCUCAGUUCUACAACAUUCCCACUCCUACUGAAGCUAAAACAUUGAGCAUUGAUGCUAAGAUUGAGGAAGAUUGCAAAACACUAGGACAAAAUUUCAUCUUGAACUUCACUGUCAAUGUGGUGGGAUCUCGCACUUAUCUGUACGAUGCAAUGAAGAAAUGGUAAGUAGAAGCAGUUUGUGUUGCAGGCCAAAUGAUCCUUCACACCCUCUGCUCUUCUGCCUCACGUGUCCGAUGGUGAAUUUGUCCAAUGGAACUCUUUCUCUCUAAUCCUGCAUCCCAAAAAAAACCAACCUGCAUAGCAGGGCAACAUUCAAUUACUCUCUCGAUAAAUUUUACCAGAUCUGGAAAUAGAACUCAUAUUCAUGAGUUCAUUCUACUAUAGUAGCUUAAAUUCUUAUUUUCAAUCUAUACAUUCAAGGCAUACAUGAAACUCAAGCACUAGCAUAUCACGUAGUAACGUGGCUUUAACACAGCAUGAAAUAACAUUUCAAAUUAUUAGACUCGUGUUCAACUCCGAUUGGUUUUUAGCUUAUGCAGUGCAUAUCUCAUCAAUACAUUUUCACUCAAUGCAUUAAACAACUGAGUUACAGCAAAAUAGAAAAAUAAAGAUAACUUUUACGUGCUCAACUCAAUCACAUCUAUCACACUGUGUCUGCUAGUAGCACAAAUGACAAACACGUGUAAAACCACUCACCGGAGAAAAAUCACAC